UAGAAAGCAAAAGAAGAAGAACAGCCUUUUACGAUGCCAUUUUCUUCUUUUUGAUCCCAUAGUUUUAAGACUGGGAAUCAAAUUCCUUUAGAAAUCUAAAUUUUAGAGAAGAAACACACACAGAGACAAAGAGAAAGCUUCAUGGGGCUGCUCUCUAAUAGGAUUAGCAGGGAGAGCUUGAAACCAGGGGAUCAUAUAUACUCAUGGAGGGCUGCGUAUGUAUAUGCACAUCACGGAAUCUAUAUUGGGGAUGAUAAAGUAAUUCAUUUUACUAGACGUGGCCAAGAAGUGGGAACAGGGACAGUGUUGGAUUUCCUCUUGGUUAGCUCAGGACCAGCCAAAUCUCAUGUGCCUUGCCCUGAAUGCACCAUGCAGGAAGGGGGACAUGGGGUUGUCCUGUCAUGCCUGAACUGCUUCCUUGCUGGGGGCGUCUUGUAUCGUUUCGAGUAUGAUGUCAACCCUGCUCUCUUUCUUGCAAAAGCACGUGGUGGAACUUGUACACUUGCAGUUUCAGACCGAAAUGAUGUUGUUGUCCAUCGAGCAAAAUACCUGCUUGAGAAUGGCUUUGGAUGUUACAACUUGUUCAAGAACAAUUGUGAAGACUUUGCCAUUUAUUGCAAAACUGGACUACUCGUUGUGGAUCAAGGGACAAUGGGACAGAGUGGCCAAGCUGCAUCCAUUAUAGGGGGUCCUCUUGCAGCUGUUCUAUCUACACCAUUGCGCCUUAUAACGACCAAUGUUUAUGGAAUGGCGUUAACAGCUGUAGGAGUCUAUUGUGUUAGCAGAUAUGCUACUGAUAUUGGCAUGAGGAAGGAUGUGGUGAAGGUCUCAGUGGAGAAUCUGACUAGAAGACUGGCCAGUUCACUUCAGGUGGUCGAAGCUCAAACUUUAGCUGCACCAAUGGUCACUUGAAGCUACUCUUUUUUUCUUUAAUGGAUUAUUGAUUUGACUAUGAUUCCCAGCACACAAGUUGCAGCUUCGGUUUAACGUAUAAUGUUCCAACUUUACUUGUUUUAUGGUGUUUUUAACUCGUUAAGAGAAUCGAUCACUAAGUUCUAAAUUGUGUCUAUGGCUAUGAACCAGAAACAUAUUUGCAAUUGCAGAUGCUUUAAAUUUUAUAGCAUGUUUGGUGCC